GUAACACAUCUUUUUUGUUAUUACUUUCAAUUAUAUAUAAGCAAUCUGUACGGGACUCUAUCAGUCAGUUUCAUUUGGUGCUAACUCCACAAACAGGGAAAUUAUGAAGAGUCUCACAUUAGCAUUCAUUGCGAUCUGCAUGAUCGUGCUGAUUCAAUCAGCAGAGGGAAAUGAGGAACGUCGUCGCCCUGGCCCACCAGAUGGUGUCCGUGGUGGCAGACCAUUCCGUCCUGAAGGUCCACCACCAGGAGGUAUGCCUCCUCCACCACCUGGUCAAGGACGUGGACCCCCAAUGACACCACCUGGCCAAGCAGGAGGACCUAUGGAUAAGCCUGGCCAGAAUUCCGAAGACAGUUCCACAACUACUGAAUCUUAAAUGGAAAUUUUGGAGCCACGACACGCGAUCAGAAAUUACGUUAUGAUCCCAUGUCAGAUUAUCAAUUGAGUUUCCGCAAAUAAAUUUGUGCAAUAUAGAGAUACCAUCUUAUCCCUCAAUUAAAUCCUAAUUAAACCCAUGGUAAUUUCCACAAUGACUGAUCGCAAUCUUCAUGGUAUAAAACACCUGAAAUAUUUCAUCUUUAGUCAGUUUCUACCUUUCAAGUUCAACAGUUAAUUUCGAAAGUGUCCCCCAAAAAGAUGUUCUCCCUCAAGAUAAGUUCAUUAUACUUGGCAUUUCUCCUCUUAACUACGAUAAUUUCUUGCUCUGGUCGAACUGUGAUUAUGUUUGAAAUACCCCAUAAUCGGGCUUUUGCUCAAUAUUCACGCAGUGAUGUUUACAGACGUGGCGGAAGAACUGAGGUCAUCCAGAGGAAUGGAUACGGUUCAGGAACAACUACCAUCAUGCAAACUAAUUCCAGGAAUCCAUAUCAAGAACCAUCUACCGUUAUCGUUACAUGAGCCAACAAAUUUCUUCAGACAGCAUCUCUCACAAAAAGCGACAUUUACGCAUUGCAUUGCAUGUGGAGAAUGAAGAAAUUCUAUAAUAAUUAAUAAUUUAUCAGAUUUUUUGCGGGCCUCUAGACACCCUGUAGAAAACUAGACUCUCUAGACUAGACUCGAUAUCUCUAGCGGUUUUGUGCUACAAGCUUCGAAUUAUAAUUGAGUAUUCUAAAUUAUGUUAUGAUGAUGAGUUGUUUGUUUUUGUGUGAUAAGAUGAAACGCGACUGCAGGGGUAAAGAUUAAAUAAAUUGGAAUUUUGAAACUGGA